GUACAGACACGUAGUGUAUUGGAACAUUUGGUCGUAUUUGGUCCUAAUUUUAGUCUCUUUUUUGAAGUUUUCUCUUACGGCUGUCUAUUGUCGUCGAAUUAAACUCAAGUUUUGGGAUGUGGAAAUAUCUUGGCCGUCUUUUGGUUUUCGGAUUCGAUUCAACUUCUUUUUGGGAUUAUUUUCUUAUACUCCAGUUUCUCAGACCAAGUUUUUUAGUCUCACUAAUCCUUCUUUAUUUGAUGUCUUCUAUUUGCCCCUCGAUAUGUGGCCGUCUAUGUUUAAUUCGAAGAUUAAUGGAGUCCUCUGCAGCAAUUUUAUAAGCAAUUCUGUUUUUAGGGGAAAAAAUUGCUUUGCUCGAAUGAUUUUACAUAUAUGGUUUGGGAUUGGAAGCUGUGUUCUUGUAAGUAGGUGUAGGUAUUAUAUGUUAGAUUCCCCAUUUGGGAAGUAAAUUUCACAUGUAGAAACAUGCUCGAUCGCAGAAUUUUUCGGCGUUUAUGUCGGAACCUAUGAUUUGGGGUUGGUCGUAGAAAUCAUCUAGGACACCGGACUGUAACUCGGAAAUUGUUGAAUUAUAGUGGUUUGUUUUCAGCAUUGGUUAAUGGGGACAGGGGAAGAGGGCACGCCUUCUAAAACUUCCAAGCCUCUCUCUUCAUCUCAGGACAUAGCUCCGGCACCUUCAUAUCCUGAUUGGUCAAGCUCAAUGCAGGCUUAUUAUGGUGCUGGUGCUACUCCACCUCCCUAUUUUGCGUCUACUGUUGCUUCUCCAACUCCCCACCCUUACAUUUGGGGAGGCCAGCAUCCUUUGAUGCCACCUUAUGGGACUCCAGUUCCUUAUCCAGCUAUAUAUCCUCCUGGGGGAGUUUAUGCCCACCCCAAUAUCACCGUGACUCCUGGCUCAGCACCAAUUAAUGCAGAAUAUGAAGGAAAGUCCCCGGAUGGAAAAGAAAGGGCCUCAAAAAAAUCCAAGGGCACGUCAGGAAAUACUGGUUCAGGUGGUGGUAGGACCGGGGAUAGUGGAAAGGUGGCUUCAAGUUCUGGAAAUGAUGGUGCUUCUCAAAGUGCUGAUAGUGGUACUGAGGGGUCAUCAGAAGGCAGUGACGAGAACGCUAACCAACAUGAAUUGUCUGCAAAUAAGAAGGGAAGCUUCAACCAGAUGCUGGCUGAUGGAGCCAAUGCACAAAACAACACGGGUGGACCAAAUGCCAAAUCUUCAGUAACUGGGAAACCCAUCACCUCCAUUCCUGGAACUAAUCUGAACAUGGGAAUGGAUUUGUGGAAUAACACCACGGGUGCUUCAGGGGCUGGAAAAGUGAGAGCGAAUGCCGUCUCCUCAGCCAUUGGUCCAACACCGAUGGUUGGUCGUGAUGGUGUGAUGCCUGAGCAAUGGGUUCAAGACGAACGUGAGUUGAAAAGGCAGAAAAGGAAGCAAUCUAACCGAGAGUCUGCCAGGAGGUCAAGAUUACGCAAGCAGGCGGAGUGUGAAGAAUUACAGGCGAGAGUGCAGACUUUGAACAACGAGAACCGUACUCUUAGGGAUGAGCUGCAGAGGCUCUCCGAGGAAUGUGAAAAGCUAACAUCAGAAAAUAGUUCCAUCAAGGAAGAAUUGACACGAUUUUGUGGACCAGAAGCAUUAGCUAACUUUGAAAAAGGAAUCGCUGCUCCCGUUGCCCAAUCUCGUGACGACGAGGGUAAGGACUAAGGACAUCAACUCUACACCAUUCAAAAGCUAUGGAUUCUGGACUGGGAAAGUGGGAACCAUAUUAACUCUGAUUUAUGAUCUUGUCGUAGGAGUAUAGGAAUCUAUUUUUCUGACCUAUACGCUUGGCCCUGUUUCAACUGUAACAUUAUAAUUUUUUUUACUCAGCACCAUGGAAUCAGAUGGUGCAUAGGAUCGAUACUGUAGGGGAUUACAAAUACUUAUAACUUUUCUACUGCAAUUACUGAACUCGAUGAUCUGUGAAAAAAAUUCUAAUAUUUCCAUAA